UAUGAUGAUCCAUGGCGCUAGCUGGCUAGCAAGCACGCACUUAAUACCGUUCCUUUCGUCGAGAAACGUAUAUGAUUGAAGGCUACUAAAUUGGCUACAGUUCUCUUCGCCAUUCACACAUAACUACGGCUUUAUGAUAUUAAAUUACUCAUCGUUUUUAUUUGUUCCUUUAUUUGCUUCUGAGAAAUUAAUUGCUAACCAGCAGCGCUAGUUUGUACACGGAGCUAUUUUAUGAAUGCACAGUGUACGCCCCCAAAGGUGCGUCACGCUCUGAAAAUUGAACGUGAUGAUUCUGUUCAGAGCAUCGUUGUCGCUGUAGUGUGUGACUGAAGGUUCUCUUGUGAAUAGGCAUUGCGUCGCUGUCAUUUGUGUGAAGUGAAGUCAUUUCGGUCAUGUACGUUGCUUUGUAACUGGGGAGUGAUGGAAAGUAGCGUAAUCAAUCUGGGUAUGAGCAUGUGGUUUGUACUAUGUGGUUUUGCUCGUGACUAGUAUUGUGUUUCGCAGUGUCCAGUAAUGGUGUAGGUACACUCAGUAAGUAACCAUGCUGAGCCGCCUGCAGGAACUGAAGAAGGAGGAAGAGACACUACUGAAGAUCAAAGCCAUGCUGCAGGAUCAGCUUAACAGGCUGAAGUUUGAAGAAGGGGCAUUGAGGUCAAUGAUAAAUGCCCAGCAUAGUGACAACCCUGCGCAGGCCACUGCUCCAGAGGCUCCUGUGCAGCUGGACAAUGAAAGUGAGAUCAACCAGACAAAGCUGCAACUGAGCACAGUAGUGGAGCAUGACAUGGAGGAGGAGGAUGAGGAUGAGGAAGAUGAUGACAAAGAGGAGGGGGAUGAAGAAAUUGAUCAUGAGUUUGAGAUGAUGGAAGAGGAAGAGGAGGAUGAUUACUGAACAGCUGACUCCUGAGAAUGUUAUUAAUUUAUGUGAUGGGACAUCCUCCAAGACAUUAGCUGUUGUCAGUCAAUAAGCACGUCCUUCAAUAAUGUUAUGGAAAUGUUGUUUGUAUAUAUAUUGGUAGUUGUUUUCUUUUGAGUUAUCACCCCCCAGGUGUGUAACCUUCACUGCCUGAAGUAGACCCUGUAAAGAAAUAUAUUGAUUGACAUAGAAUGAGUAUAUACACUCAUUCUAAGUGGUGGUGUAUUUGUCAAAGUGCACAAAAUCUGAAUAUGGAACUGGAAACUGCACUUCCAUAAAUGACCACAUAGUGAUGUCUUCCUCUGGUGUUUUUCUUAUUCAGAAUGUUAUGGUUUGUCCUAGCUUCUUUAUUCUUGGCUAAAUGUAUCAUGUUUUUGUGAAUAUACCCCAUGCAUACACUGUACAUUGCAAAUGACCCCCCCCCCCCCCCCCCCCCCCCCCCCCCGCUGCUUGUAAAACAUGCCUUAAGCUGUAAACCUGUUUUGUUCUGUGUUUGCUGCCUUCCUGUAAAUGCUGUGCACCAGAGAAAAGAUACUGUACUGGUUCCGAGCUGGAAUCUCGUAGCUGUGUGUGUAUAUUUUUGACUAUUGUAAAUUUGUUAAAAUUGUUGAAACAGGAAUAAAGUGGAAUUUUGCCAUUUGCUUGUCAUUAAAUCCUAAUGGGAAUACGUUUAUUAUAAA